GCUGAUGAGGUUUUUAGAAUUCGCUGAUCGGUUUUUCAGUAUAAAUAAAGCUUUUAUUAUUAUCAUUAGAAUCAUGCAGCCCAACGGAGACUGAGGAGAAAGGACUGAAACUCACUUCCACCACUGAGUGUUCCUCUCUAUAAUUCCUUUCCGGAAUUGUUUGUUUCCCUCCAAACAAAACAAACAAAAGCGCUCAAGUCGAUACUGUCUCGAAGAGAACUAAUUCCCGCUUUCUCUUUCGCACAUUCUCAUCAGGAUUCAAUACUCUGGCGUUUAUUGAAGGUCACAUAUAUACUCUGUUUAGGAUACACAAGCACAAAGAACUUCAGCAUCACAGAAAGAACAAGUUGCCGGAAAAUCGUGAAUAUUAUCACCCUCUCCCCCUCCCUCGUCUCCCCCAAGUCUACCUCUCACUUUUGUACAGUUUCUCCGCAAAGCUUAAAAUAACUGAUGUCUAGCCAGUGUGCGUCACUAGACAUCUCAGUUUCCAAAUUGCCGGAAAAACAGGAAGCGUUGUUACGCACAGGAGCUUUCCGAGAAUACCUAGGCGGAUGUUUAUACGUAGACGUCCUUUGUAGUUCGUCAAGAGACAAAAGGACGUCUGCGUGGGAAGCUUAAUUGUUUUAAGUAGGGAGGGAAAUUGUUCUGCGAAACACAAGUUGUUCAUCUUGCCUCGUGACUUUCACGCAACCGGGACGGUGUUACAAUAACAACGUGUGACAUCACGUCAUUCUCAUCGGUUGGUUAAGGGACUGUCUGUGUGGUAAGAGAUUGCGAGACUCUCGAAUUAAAGUGACAAAGUGAAAAUACGGUUGUCACUGGCUAAGCGACCUGAAAAGCUGCUCGUGAAAACACGGCCAAUAAGUUUGAAAUUGUCGUUGGUGACAGGAGGGUUGAUUAACUUUUCAUGUCUUUUGACGUGUUUACUUGACCUCAAUAUUGCUUUAAAGGCUCUUUUUGUGAAUUUAAAUUAACACCCUAAUAACACAAUAAACACCAGCACGUUACAAAAUGCAGAUCAUAUUCAAAGAGCGCGUGCAAAGAUCAUUGCAUACAGCCUGUAGCAAAUGUGUGUCUGUGACAGAAGACAAGGGAGUUAGUUCGGCAGUUGCAGUGUAAUCCUUUGAACAAAUAUAAUAAAAUAUCCACACUUGGAAACAGCAGAGAACCUGUGAUGACCGAUGCAACUGUAUUUUGGCCCUUGAAAAAGGGAAUACCAACCGAGGAAGAACUCGCCAGGCUUGCCGAUAACAUUCAGCAGGACUGGAAGAGACUUGGUGCGGCAUUAGGAUUGAAAGAAAAAGUAUUGAAGGCAAUAGAGGUUGAUAUACCCAAUGAUGUGUAUGAGCGCGCCCUUGCUGUACUUCAAAAGUGGAAGAAAAAGAUGGGCCGAAAGGCCACUUACGAUAAGCUAGCUGCAGCCUUCAAUGACCAGUUGGUUCAGCGCCCUGCCUUGGUUAAGACGUUCUCUUCAGAUGCCCCGGAUAAUAACAUCUGGAUGAUAAAAAAGGGGGCUCCAACGGAACAGGAACUUCAACGUCUUGCAGAAGAAAUACCCGAAGACUGGAAGAGACUGGGCCGAGCUGUUGGACUCAAAGAGAAGCAUUUGAAGAUAAUCGAGAUCGAUAAUCCAGAUGAUGUUUUUGAAAGGGCUCUUGCUACUUUGUUUAAGUGGAAAGAAAAGCAAGGCCAAGAAGCUACAUAUCAAAAACUUGCUACAGCUCUAGAUGACGAAUUGGUGCAGCGUCGUGAUUUGGUGGAAACAUUCUGUUGUGACAUAUACCCAAACUCGGAUGACACGUACGCUCCUGGUAGACGCGAUACAAUAUCUCAGGAAGACGAUGUUAUCAGGUACAGAAGACAGUCAACCAGGCUUCUAACAGAGUCGAGGGAAGAACCGACUAAUACAGAACCACAAGUUAUAGAAACAAAACAGGACGAUCCUCCUUCGUUUCAAGAAACCCUACAGGAAUGGAAGAGAAGGGAAAGUGCCCGAGCGCCGAAGGAUAAAGCACCUUCCUUUAGAUCGCGACAAUCAAAGGCGAAGGAUGUCACUUGCCCAAAGGAUAACCACGUGUUGGAAGAGGAGAUACAUCAAAUCAAGGACACGAUGGAUGCGGCAAUGCAGAGAAUGAAUGAAAUCCUAGAGGUUGUCCAUCAUGAACCUCCAAAUACUGCCGCAGCAAUUCCUGUCGACAAUACGGAAGUAGAAAAAGUGACGAUUGCCAGUGGCUCACUUGCAGCUGCUGAAUUUCUUUCGGAAAUUGAUACUUCCCUUGCAGAUGUUCAGGAUGAAAAUAUGGAUCAAACAGAUCAAGGAGUCAAAAGACAGAUAGAAGGAACUUCCGCUGAAUUGUCUUCGGAUCCAUUCCUCGUGGAGUGGCCUUGGAUUUCGGUAGUUUUCACCAGUAGCUGGGGACAAUGGUUAUUUGGCAGCGACGAGCAAUAAAACGAAGAAGAGAUUGUCUUGAUUGCGAGAACCAUGCAAGGUAUUGCAGUCCCGAAUUGUGGCCUGAAGAAUGCAUAGUGUUAGUCGUUCAAGUUGGUAGCUGUAGAAUUGCCAAUGUGGUUUUCACUCCAAGUACCAAACGUACGUACGUCAAAAUAUGUGUGCACAAAACUACACCCAUACGGGACUCACAAUGAGGUAACGACAUUAGCUAGCAUAAGAAGUCGCCUUGGUACAGCUGUAUGCCACAUCUUUUGGUGGCAGGCAAGAGAAUAUCAUUCUCUUUUGCAGCAGACAAUUGCUUAGUUCAAGAGGACGUUGAUGCAAGUAAAAGUGAGUUAGCGAGUCUGUUUUCCAUGCCCAGGGUACUUUUAACGUGGGUGAAAUCACAUAUAAGGAAGAUGUCAGAUUUAGAGAGUAGGAAUUUGUUCAUUGACAUCAUCCAAGAGCUUCAAAGGGGUAAACAUCUGGGCACUCAGUCUAAAAUGAAAACGUUUGUAACGGAAAUAGUAGAUGAUAUUAACAAAAUCACAUUCACAUGAGCUUAAAGUUUUCAAGUUGUUAAUGAUCAGCUUUCACUGAGCAUUCUUGUGAAGAUAAAAAAAGAAAGCGACCCACGUUUAGUGAGUACCAGUCUGUUUAAUAGGACGAGCUAUUUCUGUCAUCCUUUUAUUCAGCGUAGAAGGAAUCAACCGGCUUUCUGUUAAUGACUAAACAGGUUUAGAUGAUUCGGGUGAUUCAUAGCAAGUCACAUUAGUUUAAUUAAUUAAUUUAUUUAUUAAAUUUACUAACUUUCAAUGACGAUAAGUUAACCUCGAGUUGAAUUAAGAAGAGACGGACAGCUUAUCACGAAGGCGUGGUCAACCGUGAGGUGUGAUACGAUUAAUUGUUACCUUAGGUGUGCGAUAUUUUUUUUAUAAAAUGUAGCUUUCAUGAUAUUCAUGACGUAUUGAAAACUGUUCAUGGACCAUCGCGUUUGAAAAUUCUCUUUGCUAUAAAAAAGUUCUUAAGAUAUUGCAUUCAGUUCCUAAGAGAUCCCCAUCGUUUCAAUAACACAAAGUCUCAGCGCAUGAGCCAUUAAUUUCGUCCGUGAAUCACGGACUUUGAAAUGACCCACUCCCAUUGGAACCGGUCAGCGAUAACCAAAAAGAUCGCGGGCUCUGGAGGGUUUACAAGGGAAUAAAGAGGCAUAUUUUCAA